AUGAAUUUUAUACGCUCAUAUCUGCUGGCUUUGCUUAUCGCCGGGCAGGCUAUAGCUAGCGGGUUGUCAGCCUUAGAAACCCCUGCGCCCUGCGUGCUGCAGAAAAACCCUCUCUGCAAGAAUAUCGAUGAAACUUUUCGUCCGCAGACUCUGAAGUGCAUCAACAAAAUUAUUCGAGGCUUAAACCACAGAAAACAUAUAUGCAUAACCAGAGCAGAAAUGAAGAUGUGCAAUAUUCUCCAUAGAGCCCGGUUCAAUAUGAAAGAAACCCCGGUGAUCCUUCUGAACGACAUAAAGACGAUCCUGCAGGCUGUUGUCCGCUGCUAUGUCGAGCCCCUUUUUGAAAAAACCUUAAGCAUUCAAGAAAAAAGCCCUACAAUUGACAGCCUGAUAGAGAUAGUCUGGGAUCUGAACACAACACAGUUUUCGCAGGAAGGCUUGGUUUUCUUAAUGAUACAGCUUUGCUCGGAGCUCUCCUACAUAAAAUUGGCAGAAAACCCCAGCCACUUUCUCAUAGAAAAAACCCCGCUGCUCCAUGUGGUAUGUCUAUGCCACUCUUUUCUGUGCCUUCUUUCUGUUGGAAAACGUGAUUUGGAAAAGUCUGGGAUGCCCAUUGAAAGAUGGGUGGGGUUAGCCUAUGACUACUAA